AUGUUACCCUGUGAUCAACUCGGAUUUCUUGAUUCUUUGGAUGCUAAAAUUCAUUCAAAAUAUUUUGAAAAAAUAAAUGAAAUUCCUUAUCAGAUAUCAACAGAGCUUCUUAAACAUUCAAUUUCAUUUGGUGAUGUUUUAAGAAUUGAAUUUAAUCGCUAUGCUCAAAAUCAAAUCAAUCCAAUGAAUGUUCACAAAAAUAAUUUAUUUUGCCUCACCAAAAAUUGUCAAAGUUUCUAUAAAGUUUUAUAUUCCAAAAGGCUACCAGAAGACAAUAAAGUGCCGGUCUAUAGAAGAAUUUUCCGAAACAUGAAAGGUGGUUUCCAAGUUUAG